GGUGUGGCGUUGGGUAAACAAAAAACAGUAACAGGUGCUGAGAGGAGAAGGAGGAGAGGAAUCAAAGAAUACAGGUGGAGUGAAGAUUAAGCAGUGGAUCCAGUGUGGAUUGUCAACAGUAACAAACCUUGGUGGAUCCAGUAUCGAGAUAGUUGAGAGAGAGAGGAGAAGAAAGAUGGCCGAGGCCCCAAAGAUUGAACUCUUCAUUAAGGCCAGUAUGGAUGCUGAGAGUGUGGGGAACUGCCCUUUCUGUCAGAGAAUCUUCAUGAUUCUUUGGUUAAAAGGAGUCACUUUUACUCUCACCACAGUGGACAUGAGGAGGGCACCAGAUGUGUUAAAGGCUCUGGCUCCAGGUUCUCAGCCUCCCUUCCUCAUCUACAACGGCGAAGUCAAAACGGACACAAACAAGAUUGAGGAGUUCCUGGAGGAGAACUUACCUCCACCACAAUUUCCAAAAUUGUGCUGUCGAUACAAAGAAUCUAUGGGUGCUGGAGAAGACAUCUUCCGGAAGUUCUCAGGCUAUAUUAAGAAUCCCAAUCCUGGGUUAAAUUACAUGCUCGAGAAGAAAUUUCUAUCGACUCUGGUGCAGCUGAACAUGUACUUAGAGACGCCUCUUCCUCAUGAGCUGGACGACACCCCUGACGCCACUGAAUCUUCACGCCUCUACCUGGAUGGUGACAGCCUCACUUUGGCAGACUGCAACUUGCUACCCAAACUCAACAUUGUCAAGGUGGUAUGUAAGGAGUACCGUAACUUUGACAUCCCUUCAGAGCUGAAAGGUCUGAGCCGCUACCUGAAAAAGGCCUAUGAACAAGAUGAGUUUCGCUACACCUGCCCUAACGACUCAGAGAUUCUCCUUGCCUACCACUCUGUGGCCAAGUACCUCAACAAAUAGACCAGGAGGAAGUGAUGAAGCAGCAUAUAUGAUGUCAAAAUGUCUCAAAACUGUCCAUGACAUAUUUUUUUAUUCCUGUUAGAAUAAUACGAGUCUGGAUAAUGAAACAUAUUAACAGUUGCACGUUCAGUAAUUUGCUGUCUGUGAAAAUGUUGUCAUGAACUUUGCUCCAGUGCAGAGUGCAAACUGUUUUGUACAUCCUGUACGUACCCGCGAUUGUGCUGAUGUGGAUUUCUGACGUGGCCCCCUAGAGAGCAAGAAAACACUGUAAAACCCACAGAACAUUUAUGUUAUGCCUCACUGUAUGUGCAUGUAUUGUGUAUAAGCGUAAUGUAAAUGAAAAUCAAUUUAUUACAUUUUCAGGAAAAAUCAGACAUUUAACCUUAAUGUUUUUUUACAUGUUCAAAAAAACAUCACUUGCACAAACAUGAAAAGAUGAAUGGUCUUAGCUGUAGAUAACACCCAUUACGUAAUUUUGUAAAUUAAUGAAUUUAUCUCAGUAGUGACAAUUAUGUUUAUGUUAAAUUUAACUUAACUGAAUGAAGACAAGGUGAAGGACAAGUUAAAAAAAUACUUUGAUAUGGACAACAUUAAAGGUAAAAUAUGCAAAAAAUCUGGUUCUGAUUAUAUGAACAUUGUGCUUGUAAUGGUGUGAGUGAAAGUACUGUAUAUGUACAGUAGUGCUUUGAAUUUUCUAUAUUUCUAUGAAGCAGAUAGAGAAAACCCAACUAAACAAAUGAGGCAAAAACAUUGUACUUAUUUGUUGAGGAAACUGAUCCAAUAUUAAAUGUCUCAGUGGCAAACGUA